CUUUGCGUUCGCGCUGUCUCUCGCUCUCCUUCCGUUGCCGGCAGCAGUGUGUGGUACAAUUUGACAGCAGCGCUAUCUCUCCAAAGAAGGCUUAGCUCUCUCACUUUUCUCUCUUUCUCAUUACCGCUCGCAUUGUCUCCACCGGCAGCAAGAGAGAGAGACUUAUUUGGGGCCUGUGUCUGGAAUAAGAACGUACAGCUGUUUCUGACUCGGGAGACGAAAGAUAAGACUCCUCUGGAUUUCCACAGAGAUUUUGAUCUGGAUAUCUCAUUUCCAAGGCAAUUGAAACCGUCUAACUGGAUGUGACCAAACAUCUGAAAAAAAAGAAAUCUGGAGGAGUUUUACUCUUUCCUGACCCCUGUCUGAGGCGGCUCGGCUGUAAGCUUCAUCUCACUGGUGGGGGUACAGUGUCGCGACUGGACCGGGCCCCGGUGGUACCCGCGCGUCUGACAGCAUGUUGGCACCUGCAUGAACCGCGGUGAGAAGCCUCGGCUCCGGUACUCUUUCCUGAGACGACAACUACAGGAUGAACCUUGGAGCAGGGUCUCAGGAGAGAGUAUGCCACUUUGACUUUCACACCUUCAAUCUCCGGCUCUUGAACCAUUGGGACUGCUAUUGGGGUGCAUAAAGCCUGUGAACAUCCCGCUAGCCAGAGAUUGGACCGGACCGCGAGCCAGCGAGACUGAGGCCGCCGGCAUGCUGGUGCCAAGCUGUCACAUGAUGCACGUGGGCGGGGCCAUGUUGCUGCUCCUGGGCCUCCUGUCCGUCGCUGACACUGAGACACCACCAAAAUUUUUAAGAACCCCUAACGACCAGACGGGAGUACAAGGAGGGGUAGCCUCGUUCAUUUGCCAAGCCACGGGCGACCCAAGGCCCAAAAUCGUGUGGAACAAGAAGGGGAAGAAAGUCAGCAACCAGCGAUUUGAGGUGAUAGAGUUCGAUGACGGAUCUGGUUCUGUGCUCAGAAUCCAGCCCUUGCGAACCCCGCGAGAUGAAGCUAUUUAUGAGUGUGUGGCCUCCAACACUGUUGGAGAGACAAGCGCUUCCACGAGACUCACUGUUUUACGUGAGGACCAGCUCCCCCCUGGUUUCCCCACCAUAGACAUGGGCCCGCAGCUGAAGGUGGUGGAGCGGACGCGCACGGCCACCAUGUUGUGCGCGGCCAGCGGGAACCCCGACCCGGACAUUUCCUGGUUCAAGGACUUCCUGCCCGUUAACACCACCAAUAAUAACGGGCGCAUCAAGCAGCUAAGAUCAGGUGGUACACCAAUAAGAGGUGCCCUCCAGAUCGAGCAGAGCGAGGAGGCGGACCAGGGGAAGUACGAGUGCGUCGCCACCAACAACGACGGCACUCGAUACUCCGCCCCCGCCAAUCUAUACGUCAGAGAGCUGCGAGAAGUGAGGCGGGUGCCCCCCAGGUUCUCCAUCCCCCCCACGGACAACGAGAUCAUGCCGGGCGGGAGCGUCAACAUCACCUGCGUGGCGGUGGGCUCCCCCAUGCCCUACGUCAAGUGGAUGCUGGGGGCCGAGGACCUGACGCCCGAGGACGACAUGCCCAUCGGCCGGAACGUCCUGGAGCUCACCGACGUCCGCCAGUCCGCCAACUACACCUGCGUGGCCAUGUCCACCCUGGGAGUCAUCGAGGCCGUCGCCCAGAUCACGGUCAAAGCCUUGCCCAAACCCCCGGGCACCCCCGUGGUGACGGAGAGGACGGCCACGAGCAUCACGCUGACCUGGGACUCCGGGAACCCGGAGCCGGUCUCCUACUACAUCAUCCAGCACAAGUCCAAGUUCUCCGAGGACACCUACAAGGAGAUCGACGGCGUGGCCACCACGCGCUACAGCGUGGGCGGGCUCAGCCCCUACUCGGACUACGAGUUCCGGGUGGUGGCGGUGAACAACAUCGGGCGGGGCCCGGCGAGCGAGGCCAUCGAGGCCAAGACGGCGGAGCAGGCGCCCAGCACCGCCCCCCGCCAGGUCAGAGGCCGCAUGCUGAGCAGCACCACCGCCAUCAUCCACUGGGACGAGCCCGAGGAGGCCAACGGGCAGAUCAUGGGCUACCGGGUCUACUACACCAUGGAGCCCGGCCUGCACGUCAACCUGUGGGAGAAGCAGAUCGUGCGCGGGGCCAACUUCCUGACCAUCCCGGGGCUCACGCCCAACAAGACCUACUACAUCAAGGUCCUGGCCUUCACCUCGGUCGGGGACGGGCCCAUGUCGCCCGAUCUGCAGAUCAUAGCCAAGACUGGAGUUCCAUCGCAGCCUACUGACUUCAAAGCAGAAGCCAAAUCGGAAACCAGCAUACUGUUGUCGUGGAUACCCCCAGUGCAGAACGGUCAGGACAAUCAAAUCACGGGAUACGAACUGCUCUACAAGAAGGGAGAUGACAAGGAAGAGAAACGAAUCAGCUUCGAGCCCACCACCACCUUCCUGCUGAAGGACCUGAAGCCCUUCACCACGUACACCUUCCUGCUUGCUGCUCGCAGUAAGCAUGGCAUUGGGGCGUACACCAAUGAGAUAUCGGCCGAGACGCCCCAAACACAGCCCUCUGCGCCCCCCCAGGAUGUGAAAUGCUAUAGCCCCAGUUCCACUAACAUACUGGUAAGUUGGCUGCCGCCACCAGUGGAGCUGCAGAACGGAAUCAUUACCAAGUACGCCGUCCACUACGCCGCCAUCGAGGGAGAGGACACGUCUUCCCGCCAAAUCUCGGACCUUCCCCCGGAGAGCUCCCAGUACCUCUUGGAAAACCUGGAAAAAUGGACUGAGUACCGCGUGUCGGUCAGCGCCCACACGGACGUCGGACCGGGCCCCGAAAGUUUGCCGGUGCUGAUCCGCACCGACGAGGAUGUUCCCAGCGGUCCCCCUCGUAAAGUCGAGGUGGAGGCUGUCAACUCCUCGUCAAUUAAAGUGAUCUGGCGCUCCCCGGUGCCCAACAGACAGCACGGCCAGAUUCGGGGGUACCAGGUUCAUUAUGUCAAGAUGGUAAAUGGGGAGCCAACUGGACAACCUGUCAUUAAGGACAUCCUAAUCGACGAUGCACAGUGGGAAUAUGAUGACUCAACUGAACAUGAGAUGAUCGUUACCGAGCUCCAGGCCGAAACCACGUACUCCGUCGCCGUGGCAGCGUACACUACUAAAGGUGACGGGGCUCGGAGCAAGCCAAAGCAGGUCACCACGACAGCCGCAGUGCCAGACAAGCCCAGACUCACGGUCAAUCGCACGAAUAUGGGCACCGCCCUCCUCCAGUGGCACCCCCCGGCGGCGACCUACGGCCCCCUGCAAGGGUACCGCCUGCGGUUCGGCCGCAAGGACGUGGAGCCCCUCACGGUCAUGGAGUUCCCGGAGCGGGAGAACCACUACACCGCCAAGGCCAUCCACAAGGGGGCCUCCUACGUCUUCCGCCUCUCGGCCCGGAACAGGGCGGGCUUCGGGGAGGAGACGGUGAAGGAGAUCACCACCCCGGAGGACGUGCCCAGCGGCUACCCGCAGGACAUCGCGGCGGAGGGCGCCACCACCGCCACCGUCCAGGUCAGCUGGAAGCCCGUGGCUCUGGCGGAGCAGAACGGCAACGUCGUCAAGUACGCCCUGCAGUACAAGGACAUAAACAGCCCCCGGAACCCGUCCGAGCUGUUCAUCACCGCGCCCGAGUCCGCCGUCACUCUCGACGGCCUGAAAGCGGACACCACGUACGAUAUCAAAAUGUGCGCGUUCACCAGCAAGGGCUCGGGUCCCUAUAGCCCCAGUGUCCAGUUCAGGACACAGCCCCUGGAUCAAGCAGUGUUCGCAAAAAAUUUUCACGUGAAAGCUGCAAUGAAGACGUCGGUGCUGCUCACCUGGGAGAUUCCUGAAAACUAUAACCCAGCCCAGCCGUUUACUAUCCUGUACGACAACGGGCAGAGCGUGGAGGUGGACGGCAAGCUGACCCAGAAGCUGAUCACCAACCUGCAGCCGCAGACGCAGUACUCCUUCCUCCUGACCAACCGCGGGAACAGCGCCGGCGGGCUCCAGCACCGCGUCUCCACCAUGACGGCGCCCGACGUCCUGCGCACCAAGCCCUACCUGAUCGGCAAGACCAAGUCCGACGGCAUGGUGACCGUGGAGCUGCCGUCGGUGCAGACCACGGAGAAAGUGCGGGGGUACUACAUCGUGGUGGUGCCUUUGAAGAAGCAGCGUGGCGGGAAAUUCGCCAACCCCUGGGACAGUCCCGACGAAAUGGACCUGGAGGAGCUGCUCAAGGAGAUUAACAGGACGAGCAGGAGCCUUCGCCUGAGGAGGCAGCUGGAGCCCAAGGCCUACAUCGCCGCCUACUUUAAGGAGCUCCCCACCGAGUUCACCCUGGGAGACAGGCAGAUCUACGGCGACUUUGAGAACAAGCAGCUCCAAAACGGCCAGGAGUACGUCUUCUUCGUGCUGGCCGUCCUGGAGAUCUCGGAAAAUACCAUGUACGCCACCAGCCCGUACUCUGACCCCGUGGUGUCAGCUGACAUCGACCCCCAGCCAAUGAUCGACGAGGAAGAGGGACUGAUCUGGGUGGUGGGCCCGGUGCUCGCCGUGGUCUUCAUCAUCUGCAUCGUCAUCGCCAUCCUCCUGUACAAGAGCAAGCCAGACAGGAAACGGGCGGAGUCAGACGGCAGAAAAGGAAGCCUUCCCAACAGCAAGGAGAUCGCGUCCCAUCACCCCACCGACCCCGUGGAGCUGCGGCGUCUCAACUUCCAAACGCCCGGUUCAGGUGUCUCCGGUUACCCCGGUAACCUCCAUUUGUCAAGCAUGGCUAGCCACCCGCCGAUCCCCAUCAUGGAACUUGCCGAUCACCUGGAGAGGCUGAAAGCCAACGACAACUUGAAAUUCUCUCAAGAGUACGAGUCUAUCGACCCUGCCCAGCAGUUUACGUGGGAACACUCCAACCUCGAAGUCAACAAGCCAAAGAACAGAUACGCCAACGUGAUCGCGUACGACCACUCGCGCGUCCUUCUCUCCGCCAUUGACGCAGGCAUCCCAGGAAGCGACUACAUCAACGCCAACUACAUCGACGGCUACAGGAAGCAGAACGCCUACAUCGCCACCCAGGGCUCGCUGCCGGAGACUUUCGGCGACUUCUGGCGGAUGCUCUGGGAGCAGCGGAGCGCCAACAUCGUCAUGAUGACCAAGCUCGAGGAGAGGUCAAGGGUGAAGUGCGACCAGUACUGGCCCAGCCGGGGCACGGAGACGUACGGCCUGAUCCAGGUGACGCUGCUGGACACGGUGGAGCUGGCCACGUACUGCGUCCGGACGUUCGCGCUUUAUAAAAAUGGCUCGAGUGAGAAGAGAGAGGUGCGGCAGUUCCAGUUCACGGCCUGGCCGGACCACGGGGUCCCCGAGCACCCCACUCCCUUCCUGGCCUUCCUGCGGAGGGUGAAGGCCUGCAAUCCGCCCGAUGCCGGGCCGAUGGUGGUGCACUGUAGCGCCGGCGUGGGCAGGACGGGCUGCUUCAUCGUCAUCGACGCCAUGCUGGAGAGGAUAAAGCACGAGAAGACGGUGGACAUCUACGGCCACGUCACCCUCAUGCGGGCCCAGCGGAACUACAUGGUCCAGACGGAGGACCAGUACAUCUUCAUCCACGACGCCCUGCUGGAGGCGGUCAUGUGCGGCACCACCGAGGUGCCCGCCCGGAACCUGUACGCCUACAUCCAGAAGCUCACGCAGAUAGAGUCCGGGGAGAACGUCACCGGCAUGGAGCUGGAGUUCAAGCGUUUAGCCAACACUAAAGCCCACACAUCACGAUUCAUCAGUGCCAAUCUUCCAUGUAACAAGUUCAAGAACCGCCUUGUUAAUAUAAUGCCAUACGAAUCCACGAGAGUAUGUCUCCAGCCAAUCAGAGGGGUAGAAGGCUCCGAUUACAUCAACGCCAGCUUUAUUGAUGGAUACAGACAACAGAAGGCCUACAUUGCCACGCAAGGUCCUUUAGCGGAGACCACGGAAGACUACUGGAGGAUGCUGUGGGAACACAACUCCACCAUAGUGGUCAUGCUCACCAAGCUAAGGGAAAUGGGAAGGGAAAAGUGCCAUCAGUACUGGCCAGCGGAGAGGUCUGCCAGGUACCAGUACUUUGUGGUGGAUCCAAUGGCCGAGUACAAUAUGCCCCAGUACAUACUGAGGGAGUUUAAAGUGACCGACGCCAGGGACGGACAGUCGCGAACGGUGCGGCAGUUCCAGUUCACGGACUGGCCAGAGCAAGGAGUGCCAAAGUCGGGGGAGGGUUUCAUCGACUUCAUCGGCCAGGUGCACAAAACGAAAGAGCAGUUCGGCCAGGACGGGCCCAUCUCAGUGCACUGCAGCGCGGGAGUGGGCAGGACCGGCGUCUUCAUCACGCUCAGCAUCGUCCUGGAGCGAAUGAGGUACGAGGGGGUGGUGGACAUCUUCCAGACGGUCAAAAUGCUACGGACGCAGCGGCCGGCCAUGGUGCAGACGGAGGAUCAGUAUCAGUUCUGCUACAGAGCCGGAUUGGAAUAUCUUGGAAGUUUUGAUCACUAUGCAACGUAAAAAAAAAAAAAAACAACCCAUUCCUGGAGGACACGGCAGGCCGCUCAAGAUCCCGAGAGCCUCUUCUGAGCCAUAAUCACACGCUUGGGACGUACUUCUUCACUUCUAGCUAAAGACAAACUAAAUGUCGGAUGUGAAACAAACAAACAAAUAAACAAAAAAUGAAAAAAAAAAAUGAUUCCAGGUGGACCAAGAAUUUACUUAUUUGAUAAAACUACCCUGAAAAAUAACGAGUGAAAUCCUGACUGGCGAAGCACCGUGAGGAAUUAAUUUUUUCCGUUGCUUCGAGGAUUCGUCUUGUGUUCUAAAUAAAUAAAUAACUAAAUAAACGUCAAAAACUACCGCAUCAACCGUAACACAGCUUGAGGACGAGCAGGAAAUGACUGGAAAAGCCUUCGUACUGAAAAAAAACAGUGAAUAGCGAAAAACUUUUGAAAGUUCCACAAUCAAUAACACUGAGACAUUUCAUCAAACACACGGACACCAGAUCAUGGUAAAUUCUCAAAAAGAGGACGCGUCGACAGUAAUAAGUCCCCUCAUCUCCCUCCACGCCCUUCGUUGUUAAUGAUUUUGGGAAAUGGGGAAUGUUUAAAGAAAUAUAAAUGAAUACAACUUAUCAAUUUAGUUUUUUAGUACUUUAUUAUAUAGCUAACACGUGCUUCAUUUUUAACUGUGUAAACUUAUUUCCCUUUUUAACAAACUUUUAUCAUUUGAAGAAAGUGAAUUGAACAAAACAUUUGCUUAUCUUUUCACUUUUUUGUUCUAUUUUGUUUCGUUUUUUUUCUGAUUUAUUUUUUAAGCUCUGCAGCUGUUCUGUUGUACGUAACGUCAGGCCGAGGAAAGUAAACCCACCUUUCUCGAUUGUUCUCGAUUUUCCUGCUUUUUUUUGUUUUAUCUUGGUUAGUUGUGCACAGUUUGUGUGCAGUGCUGUAUUUACACAACCAAAUGUUGACUUUGUUACAGGGUUACCUUUUACUUUCACUUUUAAUUUCUCCAUUUUUAGAAAAAGAAAAAAAAAGUAUAUAUACAUAUACAUGUAAUGUAUUCCCUUAUCACACAUGCGAUACACCGGGGCUUAGUGGAAUCAACAGGGAUGAGCAAAGUAUGAAGUUGCUGCUACAGAUUAUCUUCGUUCUUCCGUGUUAAGAUGAUGUAUACAGACGAAACAGCCUUUGAUGAGAAUAUCCCAUAUAUACAUAGUUAUAAAGAUAUAGAAAAUAUAAAUACAUAUAUACAAAUAAAUAUAUAUAUAGAAAAUAAUUUAUAUAUUAAAAAUAUCCACAAUGAGAUUUCUGUACUAUGGGGGAAAUUAAGACUUUUUGUUUUUUAUUUUUCCCACUGGAAUGCACAUCGGUAGGAAAAAAAUACCCUGUUAAAGUGCAUCUUUUCUCGUGCAAUAAAUAGUCCUGAUAUUGGUAGGAUUUAUGUAGUUUUUCCUGUGAUUCAUGACAUUUACGUUUCCUGAAAGGUAAAGAGGGGGUUUAUCAUUUCAUCACUACGUGUCGAGCUGCGUGUGUUCAGCAACCGUGACCUCAUCACACGGUCUGUGGUUUGUGUGCUCGCAUCAUCAGAGAAUGAUGAAAUGUCAUUCUUCAGUGUAGCAGGGCCAGGCACAGUGAUGUCACUAUCCUUGGGGCCUCCGUAUGGUCAAUGACAUCAUAUUGUAAUGUUUUCAUUUUACAUUUAGAGUGCCUUAUAUCUUAUGCCUCUUUUAUAAAUGUUCCUUUGAACUCCUUUCUGUACAUCAAUUUAGUCCAUAUAUUAAUGUAUAUUUCAUUUUACCAAAAGUAUUCUUUUUUUAAUAUUACAUUGUACCAAAUUAUAUAUGCAAAUAAUUCCAUUUUCAUGAUCCUACUUUGAUGUUCUGUGGCCUUGCUGGAGAUUGGAGAGUAAACAGGCCAAACACAUUUAUAGAGUUCUCAGACCAUUGCAAAGCAGAAAAUGAGCAAGAAAACAGACCUACAUUCUGUCCUCUUAUAUUUCAAGUUUAAAGCUAUUAAUUUAGUAACCCUGUUGGAUUAACUAGCACUUUUGAAAAUAUUAGCAUAGUUAUAUGUUAUAAUAGCUGCAAAUAAUUUGCAUUAGUUGUGUAUUAGGUGUCAGGGCGUUAAAACACCAUGCCAAGUGGGGGAGGCUGUGAAGGCAUAUUCUGAGGACAAGCAUUUGAAUUUUGAAAAAGCUAAGUACUCUUAGACUGUUAAAUGACCGAACCUUAGUAGCAGAAAGCAUUUUCUCUUUGUGUUCUGAGAUGAGUACCUCUAGAUGAACUCUGAAAGUUGAUAGAGUGCACUUAGAUGUAGAUUCACAGCUGAAAAAGACUCGCAGAAGAGCUGAGGUAAAGGUUUAUAAAGAUUAACAUCAGAUAAACGCUCAUGAGAAAGAGAUGAGAAGAAAAAUAUGGAAGUCUCGCACAGGUUAGCAUUUAAAAUCCUGACAAUCCUGAUGUUUUAUCAGAGUCUGUAGUAUGUCUGCUUUUUUCUGCAGAUGCACUUUAAUGCUUUUUUUUCUGGAAGUUAAUCAUACACACACACGCACACACACACACACACAUAGACACACACACGCAUGGACACGCACAUGCAUACACACACACAGUACACGCACACAAAUGCAUGGACAUGUGCACAUACUCACGCAUGGACACGCACACACACACGCAUGGACACGCACAUACGCACACACACAUGCAUGGACAUGCACACACACACACGGACAAACGCACAAACAUGGACUCACACGCACACACACGCAUGGACACACACAUGCAUACACGCACACAGCACACGCACACAAAUGCAUGGAAAUACGCACACACUCACGCAUGGACACGCACACACACACACAGGCAUGGACACACACAUACACAUACAUACAUGCAUGGACACGCAAACACACACACACGGACACAUGCACACACAUGGACACACACAAACAAAAAGGCACCUGUUUUUCAUAGCUCUGUUUGGAACCUUUAUGGAUGUGCAUUCCAGUUUCUUUAUUUCCCUUGGUAUUUUAAGAAGCAAAAUUAUUUUUGGCCAGUUACUCAGUCGACCAGAAUUUUUUCUUUACUUUUUUAUUCUUCUAAAUGUGACGAGUAAAGUGCUAUUAUUUAGCCCCAUUUAGGUGUAGACACCUUGUAUAAUUUCUUUUUUAUAUUUAAUAUCUUCAUAAAUCUGUGUACAUUUGUACUGGUCCAGUUAUUUUUUAUUUCUCUCGCCGAUAUGCAUGGCAAAACAUCGCUGACGGCCACAGGGGGGCGCUUAUGGAAGAAUUGCACUUUCUAUAUCUUUGUACUAUGCACUGCCCUAUUGAUUCUAAACCCAAUAAUAUAUUACUUGAACCCAUCUGUAAGAAUUUGCUUAAACGUUCACUUUGUGUGUAUGUAAAUAACACAGAAAAAGAUAUCAGCUAUAAAGAAAAAGACAAAAAAAAAGUAUGUGGCAAAAAAGAGCAUCCAUCCUGGUGCCAUGGUACUCCAAACAGACGACUGCAGAUUCUGUCAUAACCAUCUGUCACGUGGCUUUGACAUCCGAGCUUGGAGUGUCAUUUCGAAAAAUAAACGUCGUGUUCUCUGCUCUCUCUAUCUAUCUCUCGUCUGGAUGCAUAGACUGAAAUUAAAUAAAUGAAAUUGUAAAAAAAAAAAAAAAAAUGGCUUGUUAAAAGAAUCAUACAAUUACCUCUGAUUAGUAGUAAACGUAAACUUUUUUUCAGAAUGAAAGGAGUGCUUUUUAUUUUCUUACUUGGGUUACAUUGGUGGCGAAAGAAGUGUGUAUGAAAAAUCAGUUCUUUGCUGACACAACUUCCAUUUGUUACAAAUGAAUUCUAAUAAAAAAAUGUCAGUGUUAUGCA